UGGGCACUUGCAUAAACAAGAAGACCUCUGACAGAAAUACACGAAAAUCACCUUCAAAAACGAAUCACUUUUUUAUGUAAAUAUGAACAGAUUAGCAGGCGCAUUACGGAGAACAUUUGGAGUCGUCCGUGAGCACGUUGGGACGGAUCAUUUGGGAAAUAAAUACUAUCUUAUUCCAGAGCAGAAGACAUGGACAGGGAGGGCGGUACGAGCCAAGCGAAUGGUGGAAGCAGCAAAUCCUUCAGAAUUUGAGUACAUGGAAGGAAGCAUUCCCAUAGAGUGGGAUGCGUGGAUUCGAGGCAGACGGAAGGAGCCCCCAUCCGAAGAGGAGAUGAUGAAAAACAUAUCGUACAGAGAGCAGAUCAAACAGAAGGCGCAGGAAGUGGAGGAGAGGGACCAGGCGUUACUGGACAAGGAGUACAAGGAGGGGCUGGUGGCCACGCCCAGGACUGUUGCUAAGGGACACGCUUCGGCCACAAGCUUCGGAAAAGAGACCAUCAGCGAAGAACCAACCAGCACCGCAAACACCUUCCAGCCCGGGUCAUGGAUGCCCACCUCCAAGAAAUGAACUCAUGUGGGCUGUACACUCCUGGGUAUGAGUGUCUGAAUGGUGAAAAUGUGGGACUGCUGCCAAAGUGAUUAACAGUUUAAAACCAAAUUAUAUUUUUUGAAUGGUGAAAGAUCUUCAAAUGAUGCGUAUAGGCUAACCCAUGAAUAUGAUGCGUUCAGGGCAGAAUUUUGUGGUUGAAUUUGCUUUUAAACUGGCAAAAUGCAGAUGUUACGGUUAAUAUUUCUGUAAUUACUGGCCACAAGACAUGAUAUAACAUAAUAUAACAUGAUAUAACAUGACAUGAUAUGAAAUGUGUGGAGCCAGUCAUGGGGAAAUAAGGUUCAAUAUAUAUGGAUUUUCAGUUUUGUUGAUUUCUUUCAAACAGUAAAUUGCCCACAGAGUGAUAUAGGCCUUCCAUUUGAAAUUAUGAUAUCAAAUUCUGCAAUUAUAAUACUACAUUUAAUUUCAUAGCAAUAGUUUGACAUGUUGCUUUGCCUGUUUCCAUCCUCAUAUCUGAGAGGUCAUAGUUAAACAGUGAUGUUAUUCAACUCUUAAGUUUCAUAGUCUAGUACUUGUUUGAAUGCUUUUUGGUCAACACAGCAAACCUGACAAAUAAUGUCUUGGGAAUGACUUGGUGUGGUAAUUGGGUCUUAACAUGUGAUUGCGUUAUCAAAUAGUUUUGGUAAAGUCUCUCCCAUCCCUGGUCUCUGGGAUUCACAGUAAUGUCAUUUUUACUGUUUGCAUGGGCUUUACCUGUUGUAAGAAUCAUAAAUAAAGCUAUACUUGAGUAAUA